AUGAGGAUUAUUAUACUCACUCUACUUGUGGCCGCAUGCGUGAGCGCUGACUUGUUCGACCUCAAAAAAUCGCUUGUGGUUGGCAGUCUCAAAGGGCUCAUCAAGCACGAAGUGAACAAAAAAAUAAAAAAGACUAUAAGUCGCAUCAAGGAGGUCAUCGAUAGCAAAAUGAAUGAUUUCCGCAAAAAAUUGAGCGGAUACAGAGAAAAGAUACUGCAGUCGCUUCACCUGUCGAAGGAGCAAAGAAAUGAGCUUGUAGAAAGACUGAAGAUGUUGAAAAGAAAAACUAUUGACAAAGUUCUACCGACAGGAGACACAAUUGAGGAGAUCAACGAAAUAAGCAAUAUUUCAGACUCACUAUUCCAGGGAGAUAUGGUCCUUACGGAGAAGCAACAAAAACAAGUUCUCGCGGCCAUUCUCGGCAACCGUUCUAAGCGGCAAGCUACGUAUGAAAGCGAAUAUCCUGGUGCGCAGGUUCAAAGUGUGUUCAAGAAAGCUGCACACCAAUGGAUGUCUGAUACAUGUAUAAACUUCAUACCUACCAAAUUCGGUAAUGCUAUGAUAGUUGGAAGCAGUAGCAGCACUCCGCUGUACGUCCGAGUUUCAGCAGAAGACAGUAUCCGAGUGGUUGCGGACAGUGGAUGUUGGUCCUACGUUGGUAGACUUGGUGGUGCGCAAGACCUCUCCCUGGGUGAAGGCUGUGAA